AUGGUUGCCACAAAGUAUCUUUUGGCCGGCCUUGCCUCCAUCGGCCUUACUAUCGCCGGUGGUGCCGCCGAUAUCGAGUCCAGCAUUGAAAAGAUUCAGGACUCUUGUGGAUCUCUCAGCAAGACCCUGAAAGGCUUCACCAGUGAUGGCAACGUGAUGGGCACCGCCCUGAAGCUCCAAGGAGAAGCCAAGGACCUUCUCAAUAUCAUCAAUGACGGCAAAGACACAGCCAGAAACGCCGACAACCUCAGCUCCGCCGACUCCGACAAGCUCGAGGAUUCGGUCAACUCGCUUUCAAAGUCCGUUUACACCCUCCUUGACGGCUUCGUCGAGAAAAAGCCUGUUUUCCAGAAGGCUGUUCUCGGCGGCUCGGCCGAUGGCCUCGUCGAGCAGGAUCUUAAGGAUCUGAAAGGCGCUACUGAUGGCCUCGGCAAGGCUCUUGAGAGCAUUGUUUCUGGUCAGCUCAAGAAGGAUGCCCCUCAAAUUCUGAGUGGCCUUGACAAGCACUUCGACGAUGCUAUUAAGGCUUUCUCGGACUAA